ACGCGUACCUAUGGCUUUGGCAUCCAUGUGAAGGCACCCAAGAUUUCUUCUUGUUUUAGAUAUGCUCUUCUCUUUUAUUCCUUUCUUCCUUGCCAUGCCAACCUAAUAGAUUACUUGUUUGGGUGAUUAUAUAUUCCCUAUUCAUGUGUGUGUGUGAGAGAGAUCGAGUAGUGAUCGAUAACUGAUUCAGUACUACUGAUCGAUCAGAGAAAAGAAUUAGAGAUCGAGUACUUUGUAUAGAAUUACGUAGAAACAUGGCGGACUGGGGUCCAGUGGUGAUAGCAGUGGUGCUCUUCGUGCUGUUGAGCCCGGGGCUGUUGUUUCAGCUGCCCGGGAGGGGCAAAAUGGUGGAGUUCGGGAACAUGCAUACCAGUGGGUUAUCCAUCCUCGUCCACACCAUCAUCUUCUUUGGCAUCAUAACCAUCCUUCUCAUCGCUGUUGGCGUCCACAUCUACUCCGGAUGAUCGAUUUAUCAUCUAGUCUAUAUACCAAUUGAUUUUGAGGGUCGUUCAGUGUCGUUACACACUUGGCUCUGGCUUUCUGUAUACGUUGCUGCAUGCCUUUGGUUGUCGUUUAAGGUUUUGUUAUUGCUUAUUUGCUUUGAAGUUUGAACAGUGAUCAUGUACUUUCUAAUUAAUGAGGUUUAUGUUGUGUUUACCUCACCAUCGUUGGAUGAUUAAUGUCAUAAAUUAUAUAUUUAAGAUAAGGAACGGUUA